AUGCCUUAUUCCAAGUACCAGGGUCCCAGUUCUGAGUGGACAGAUUUCAUCCACACUACCUCGCUGCCUGUACCUAGUCCUUCAUCUGCCUCACAGACACCAGAACAGUUACGAGCAGCAACGAACACAGCUCGCCUUCAAGCCUCAGAGGAGGAUCUACAAAUCACAGGCUUGCGAGAUAAAGUAAGUUGGCAAGACCAUUGCAUACUCACUCGGGACUAUGAAAAUAUUCUUGCACGAGUUUACAAACCCAAGAAUAUGCCGUUGGAGACCCUGCUUCCUGUAUACUUGUAUUUCCAUGGCGGAGGAUAUAUCUUUGGAACACUUGACACUGAAGAUGCUAGCUGCUGUCGUAUCGUCGCAGCUUCUCCAACUCCAGGUGUCAUUGUAGUCAACGUCAACUACCGACAUACCCCAGAAUUCAAACAUCCAACUCAAUUCAACGACGCAUGGGACUCCUUUCAAUGGUUAUCGAUGCAUAUCACUAGCCUUGGAGGCGAUCCGAACCAGGUAGUUAUCGGUGGUAUUUCUGCCGGUGCUGGCCUCGCAGCUUCCAUCGUCUUGCGUGAGAACACUCGUCUGCAACAGAGCCAAACAUUGGCGAAACUGAACAUCAGAGGCCAGCUUCUGUGCAUUCCAUGGCUUGUUCACCCCGACAGGCACCCGCUCGCUACUAAUCAAAAUGCGUCAUUGAAGCAGAACACCGAUGCUCCUGUACUGCCGAUGUCACUUCUGAAGCUCUUCACCGACCUCCUCAGCAUUAAGGACCCUGCGGAUCCCUUAUUCAAUGUAGCUCUGGCUGCCGAGGGAAGUUUAAAGGGUAUGCCACGAGCGACGUUCCUGAUUGCCGGGCAGGACCUUUUAAGGGAUGACGGGUUGCUGUAUGCUGACAGAUUGGGCAAAAUCGGGUAA